AUGGUGAAGCGCCACGUUGAAGAGCUCAGCGGCAUCCUCCCUGUCUACCAUAACAUGUGCAUCAACAGUUGCAUUGGCUUCAUAGGGCUGUUCAAAGACCUUGAACUCUGUUCGAUGUGCUCAAGGAGCUGCUAUAACAAGGCUGAACUUAAGCGCAGUGGAAAGAAGAUCCCUGUCAAGCAGUUCCUCACGAACUGCAUGGGCCCAGCAAUUCAAACGAUGUGGUGCUCUCUUGCUGGUGCAAAGGGUAUGACCUAUCGCCAGCACUGUAUCACCAAGAUUAUAGAGGAAAUGCAGCCGCAGGAUGGCAAGGAAUCAGUUGAGUUUUCUGUAUCAGCACUUGAGGACUACAUUCAUGGCACUGACUAUCUUAAAGCUGUCCUACAGAGAGAUAUUGGCCCCGAUAACACUGUUCUCAUGCUCUCACUUGACAGAGCACAGCUUUAUCAGAACAAGACGUCUGACAUUUGGAUAUAUAUCUGGGUUAUGAUGGACUGCAGCUCUGAUACCCGCUACAAGAAGCACAAUGUCUAUGUCAGUGGUGUUAUUUCUGGUCUGAACAAGCCAAAGAACAUUAACUCAUUCUUGUUUCCCGGCUUUUGGCACCUUGCCGCACUCAUGAAGGAGCAUCUUCAAAUUUUGAACGGUUCAAUGCAGAAACUGUUCACAUCUGACCCAUAUAUUCUCACUUUCGGUGCCAACCAGAUUGGCAUAACCCAGUUGACAGGUCUUGUCAGACACCAUGGUCAUUUUGGCUGUUGGCUCUACUGCCUUUUUUCUGGAUGCUGCAAGAAUAGAAGUGGCCACUACUUCCAAGCUGCUCAGCUCCCACGCGACCACCAUGUGAAUAAUUCUGACCACUCUGACGUUGAGAUUGACAACAUUUUUCACGAGACGCACACUGAAAAGAUACACCGCUACAACAAGAACCUACAGCGAUUUCUUUCAGAUUCACGGUCUCAGGCUGCCUAUGAACGCAUUUGCCUUGAGACAGGCAUUUCAAAGCCUAGCAUUGUGAGCGGCUUCUCAACAGGUUGUAUGCUUGGAGUGCCCGGUUGCUUCCAGACUGACCUAUUUCAUCUUGCCUCACUCAACAUCCCAGACCUAUAUCUAUCUCUUCUCUGA